AAAAGGGCACCGAUCGCAAAUUGCGUUGUCGUGCCCACGGACGCACACGCGCAAAUGACACCUGGACAACCCGUCUGCUCGCAGUAUUGGAGCCCUAAAUAGCAACAUUUUUUGAAACUCACUUUUUUUCUUCUAAUUAGAUGCCACAAUGUUGCCUUUCAAACGAACUUUCGACAGCGAGAAACAGCAGCUGCAGAAGCUCAACGGCAGACUUGUCCAGUACCUUUCCAGAACCAAGCAGCUGGAGCAGGAAAAUGCGUUUCUUAUCACUGAAAUGAACAAACUCAGACGAAGGAAGACUGCGGAAUGGGAGCCGAAGCAAAAGAGCGAGACGAGGGAGCUGAGGAGAAUGGUGGAGCUGCUGUCGUUUGAGAAGUCCCAGGCCGAGAUGGAGAGGGAGAAGCUAUGGCGCGAGUUGCAGAUGGUCCAGUCUCUGUGCAGCGAGCAGACCGGGGUGUGCAGGGACAUCGGUGGCGAGGUGAAGGCCUACGAGAAGGAGCUUCAGCGCGCUCACAAAGCCAACGGAGAACUGCAGCAGCGUUUGUUUCAACUAGAGAACGAGUACAAAUGCCUGGAGGAUGUGCACAGGCAAGAAAAGGAUCAUCUGCAGCGGCAGGUGGAUUCCCGGCUGGUGCCCAUCGUUACGCAAACUUAUCGCGGGCCUCCGGCGGCAUCCGGGGAAGAGGUGCAAGAGUAUGCGCGCACUCUCUCUGAUGGAUGGAUUGAGACCUUUGACAUGUACCAGCGGAAGGUGGAAGAUAUGGAGCAGUCGAUUAAAGCUGACCAGGCGAGGCUGAGUGAUCUGCAGAGGGAGAAGAUGCAGUAUGCAUCAGAGGUGGACAAAUUACGCACAGAGGCGGAAAAACGAAGUCAGAUCCAAUUCCACCUCGAAGAACAGCUGAUGCACAUGCAGAAGAAAUUCCGGGUGGACUUCAGUGAAUAUGAGGUGAUUAUUGAGCAGCUGGAGCACGAGAGGAACAUGAUGGCAGACGCUAUUGAAGAAAAGAUGCGAGAACAUCAGCAUCUUCUCCGCGUCAAGAUGGAUCUCGGCAUGGAGGUGGCUGCCUACAGGGCUCUCCUGGAAGGUGAGAGAUUGGAUCUGCAAGAUGCUCAUGGGAGGGGGACUCAACAUCAAAGAGAAAGAAUAAUAGAUAUACGGAUGCCUGUUAGGCCCUACACGCCAAGAGCUUCCACCUUAACCAGCAGACAACGUACGGAUAUCAGGUGCACGCCGCUAACUUCACACCUGAGAAGAUCCCCUUUGACUCCCUCUGGGUCCAUAAGUCCCUCUAGGAUCAUUCCUAUUUCAGUGGCAGCCAGAGCUCAGCAUGAGAGUCCUGCAUCCAGAAGGGACAUGAUCUCAUUCACCAAAGCUCGGGCUACUGCUGCUCCUUCCGCCACCACCGUCAAAGAUAAACAAACAGGCCAGAGUGAAGGCCGAAGCAGAAAACAUGUAGAGAAAACCACAGCAGUGGAGAAAACCGUGGAAAUCAAAGAGGUCUCUCCGGUAGAGAACGAAGUCGGUCCAAUCAAGUCAUCUGCUCCGGAGUCCAGAUCAUUGAGAGCAGUGUCACCACGAAUGAUGAGCCUGACCAUGAAAACUGAGACAGAAAUCCAAAGGCAACUGUCAGAAGAUCAAGCGAAAGAUAAUGUUUGUGUCGGGGAGUUAAAAAACGAAGGAAUCGCGGAGCCUAUGAUGGACGCAUUUGAGAAAAAGACAUUUGAUUCUGUGUAUGUAGAGGAGAUUAUCGAAAAGGCGUUGAAACCAGUCGGUUUGGAGGUUUGCUCCCCAGGGCAAUCGGAGGUAAGUUAUCACGUGGAGAAGACGGACCAAGAGGAUGGAACUACUAAGAUGCAGAUCGUGUUGGAAUCCAAAGUGGAGGAAGAGCUGGAUUUUUCUGAGGACUCAGCACUGGAAGAGCUACUGAGCCAUGGGGUUAAAAACGUGUCACUGGAAGACCUCAAGUACACAGCAACAGGAAGCAUGAUCAAGAAUCUGCUAAGCGGCCUGCAGGGAAGCGAGAACUUGGAGAAUAAGUCUAUCAAUGUGGAGAUCAUUGAGGAACCGGUAGAGUCCUACAUGGACGAGAAGUUUCAGCCUGAGCAGAAAUCCAAAUCAUAUUUUUAUGAGCCCUCAACAUAUUUCCAAAUUGAGGAGCUAGAAAAUAUCCCUCAGGGUGCUCAAGUUCAGGGGAGUGAUGGUGAUCUCAUGAAAACCUCCAUGACAGAAGCAUACAAUCGCAAGGGGGGAUCUGUACAAGUCCAAGAGGUUACCAGAGAGAGUGAAUCUUCAUCUUUCUCCCAUGACCAAGAGCCCGACGAGUAUUUUGUCUCCACACCAGACGAAAAUCUUUCUGAAAGUGAAGAGGGGGGCGGCAUCACCUCAUAUGGCCAUUAUGGUAUCGUUGAUGACCUAUCAGAUGAGCGAUAUUAUCAAGAUGGAGGUCUUUCCUCGAAAAGGGUGAUUGUAGAGGAAAGUCACAGAUACAAGUCAGGUGAUCGGCCGUUCGUAAAGGAGAGUUUCCCAGAGUGCAUCAUUGAAGAAGAGGUUUGCGUCUCCCCCGUCGUGCAGGAGUCGAUGCUUGAGUUCCUGAGAGAGGGCACUUUGGAGCCCAAAGAGCAACUGAAGGGAGCUCUGGAGAAGCUACAAAGCUCCGUUUCGGGUCCACUGAGGGAGGAGUUGGCCUUCCUCGCGAAUAUGAGUAGUGAUGGUUCUCAGACUGUGGAUGUCAAGAAAGUGCAAGAGUCAAGUAACAACGGCACCAUGACUAUAGUUGCAGAGCUGAACGUCUCUCAAAGCCUGGAAGACUCAGGGCUGCUGGAGGCAGGAGAUGAUUUAUCUGAAGACCAGAUCAUGGCAGCGCUUAAAUCUUCUAACCAAGGGCUUGAGAAAGCCUUCCAGGGUGGGGCAGGAGCAGGGUACAGCUUCAGAUUCUCCACAGAGGAGGAUGCCGUGCAAGGUGAAGAGUUUGAAGGCUUCACUAAAGGAGAAGGGUCAGCGUGUGAAAUCACUGAGAGCUACAAAGAACUGGGUCCAUCAGAGAAGUCCUUCACCUUGCAGAUGGACGUGCAUGGCAGCCGUGCUGAGCCCUCAGAGACGGAGCUGCAAUCGCACACCUUUCCAACCCCAAUUAAGAUUUCUCAAGAGAAAAGGGUUGCAACGGUUUACCUUGAUAGCCCAACAGAUGAUUAAGAUGAAUUUGGUCAGAAAUAUUUCCAAGGCCGAGUGCUUGCCAAUGUUGCUUGUUCCUGCGCACAGAAGUUGUUUGGACUCAGCACACACACACACAAACACGACUAUAAUACUGUUUGCCGACACUAAUGCUGUAAGCAGUACAACUUUAUGGAGUGCAUAUCUAAUUAAUUCUGGUGAACUAUUUAGCUGAACUUACUUACAGUGCGUCACCUAAAAGGUGGUAAACUAGGCAACGUGAGUUCAGUUAAAAACCAGAUUAAGUUUUUCUUGUGGUAUUAUUUGUGGCAGUACUGUUGUUAGAACACAUAAGAUUAGCUAGCUCAAUUUAGAAUUGCGUUGGAAUGCGUGUAACCUUUUUACAGCUUGAUGUUGAUUUUACAUGAAGUUGGUUUAUUCUCUCAAGAUUUCUCUAUUUUUGUACUAACCUGUGCUGUGCAUCUUCAGUGGCCCAUUAUACAGUUUACGACACCCUGUCACACACAUCAUCACGUGUAGAAAGCCUACAGAACAUGGCUGGUUAAGAGGUGCUGUGAACUGAUCCAGAUUGGGGCUUUCAUUUUUCUUUUAACUUAACAACUUAGAGGAAAAUAGUUUUAGCAUUUACUUUUAGCAUUUACUUUUAGCAUUUAGUUUUAGCGUGUCCUGAGGGCAGAAGUUUGUUUGAAGCGGAAGUCCGUGACCGUACCAAACGUAGUGGAGCUUGCAGCAGAGGACUGAAUAGUGGGGGGUGGGGGGAAAAGAAGGUGAUUUGUUUUAAGAAAGUUUGGUUUUGGUCUAGUGCAGUAACUGUGGCACUUAAAAGUAAUCAAAGUCACACGUUUGAAUAAAUAUCUUGUGGUAUGUGUCAAUACCAUUAGACAGAACUACAUCUUUUAUUUUUAAACAUGUUAUUGGGGAUUGAAAAGGAGGAAUUAUACUAUUUAAGCCAAAAGAAGGGUUUUUCAAUUAAAAUGUACAGUAGUAAGAUGAAAGAGUGAACACCAGUAGUAAAAUGUAAAGGAAUUGAAAGUAUUCAUUUUUUUUAUAUAAAUCGACAUCGCACCUAGUUUUUAGUACAGUGCCUCUCAUCUGGAGGCCCUUUUGCUUGUUGACAUUUGCUGGAUUCUAAAUUGUUGACUGGAAACAUUCACCUUCGCUGGAGCAAAUUAGUGACCAUGACUAUUUCUGGAUCAUCAGCUUAGUGAUAUUGACUAUCCAUUAGGGUUUGUCGUUUUGUGCACUAGUGGCAGGGGAAGAAAAGGUCCACUAUCAUUACAGGGGUUACGUUUGUUGAGGCGUUAGCAAUAUACAAAUCUUACUUUACAUUAUAUGUAUGUACACAGUGUACUCUAGAUGACAAGCUACUCUACAGCAUGAACCCACAUGCAGCACACCAGAAAAUAUGUAAAAAGGAUGUUUAAUAAUGACUCAAAGGUUCAAUGAAUAUUGGUCACCAUGGAUGGACAACACCAUUUAUUGUAUUAACAUAAUGGUUUCUAUUGAACACACAGCUUUCAAUUCUUUUGUGAAAAGAAAUGCAGCCCUUCCUGUGAAAUUGGUAAAUAUACUAAAACAACGAUCGUAACACCGUGUUGGUGUGUUUUCUGAGUUUGAAUAUUUCUUUAAAGCUGACUUAUUUUACCUAACUUACAAAAUGACACAAAUAUCAAGUAAAAGUACCAGAGUGGAAAAUAAAGAUGAUUUUCAAAUGUGCAUUAUCUAACAAAAAGACAAACUGUUAAAAAAUGAAUGAUAGGAAUUUCUGGUCAAAACUUGCAUGAUUAUUGUACUGGCAAAAUAAAAAAAGAACAUUUCAAGAGUC